GGCCACCUCGAAAGCAUUUCAAGUCUCAGCGCCAUGAGUGACCGAGCAGAGUAUAUCGAGCUCAAGGGCUCGCGCAAGCAAAAGGGGCAUGUUGACGACAGCACCGCUGAGACCAAUGUCCUGGUGCGAGACUGGUCAGUAGAAGAGGAGAAGAUGAUCAAGCGAAAAGUCGACCUCAGAAUGUAUCCAAUGCUGGCCAUUGUCUUCGGUCUUUCCCUUCUCGAUCGAACGAACAUCUCUUUCGCCUUUAUUUCGGGCAUGGGCAAGGACCUCAAAAUGAACGUUGGCGAUCGGUAUAAUAUCGCACUGUUGGUGUUCUUCGCACCUUACUUCGUCUUCGAGCUCCCGUCAAACUACAUCAUUAGACGCAUCGGUGCGAGGUGGUGGUUGAGCUUCUUGAUCGUCGCCUGGGGCACAAGUGUCCUGAGUAUGGGGUUCGUGCAGAAGUGGGAGACAUUGGCAGGUCUCAGAGCCCUGCUUGGCUUAUUUGAGGCCGGCCUAUUGCCUGGAGCUAUUUUCAUUAUUGGAUGCUGGUAUCGUCCAUACGAGUUGGCGAAGCGAGUUGUGGGCUUCUUCAUGCUGGCAGGCGUUUUCAUGGCUUUUGGGCCCAUCAUCGCCUAUGGCUUCACUCAGAUCAAGGUCGGCAAUGGCAUGUACGCUCGUGGUUGGCGAUGGCUUUUCAUCUGCGAGGGCAUCAUGACCAUCGUUGCUGGCUUCGUAGCCCCGUUCUUCCUGAUUGAGUUCCCCGAACGCGCGAGAUUCCUCACUGAUCGUCAACGACAUAUUGCGGUCUCGAGAGUCCGGAUGGAUCAACAAGGCACGAAUAUCGUUCAUCCCACCUGGAAAGAAACCUUCAUCAUGCUGAUGGAUUGGAAGAUCAUGCUUUACUGUGUUCAGUACUUCAUCUGCGCUUCCAGCGUCUACAGUCUCGCAUUUUUCAAUCCCAUCAUCUUACGAGAAGGCAUGGGAUUUUCUGUCGCAAAGGCACAGCUUCUCGUCGCCCCUCCCUACAUCUUCACGAUCCUUGCGGGCGUCCUCGCGGCUUGGAUAAGCGACAAGAUCAAGCUUCGCUGGCCUAUCAUGAUAUUCCAGGCUGCCAUAGCAAUCGUCGGACUGGCCAUAAUGCGCUAUGCUGGUCCUCCUGGCUGGAGGUACUUUGGCAUGUUCCUGGCGACGUACGGGACUCAAUCGAAUAUCCCCUUCACCUUGAGUUACGUCCAAAACCAAACCGGGAGGUACGAAAAGAAAGGGAUUUCGGCUGCUGCGGUUGUGAGUGCUGGGGCCAUCGGAGGCAUUUGCGGAAGCACCAUCUUCCAACACAAGGACGCGCCACAGUAUACUUCGGGCAUCUGGGCUACCAUCGGAAUGCUGUUCGUCUACAUCUUUGUCACCAGCUUCCUAUCCUGGUUCUUCACCGGGCAGAAUUGGCGAGCUGAUCAAGGCAUCGUCGAGAAGCUGGAGAAGGUGAAGGGAUUCCGAUAUGCCCCUUAACGAGAUCUAGCCGGAAGUAGAUGGAUGUGGUGAUCUGCGUCCCCAUGUGCCCGGGCGCGACUGGAGAGGAAGCAGAGAAUGAGCCGGGCGGUAUUGGAAGUGAGUGAGAAGUGUAACACGUAACACCACCUGCAGGCCCGAAUGCGGCCUCUCAUCUGUACUUGUAAGCGCUCUUGACAGUUCUGCGAAAUAGAUGCGAGAUGCGAUUGCCUUG